AUGGGAGAGACUAUUAUGACUGAUCAAUACGCACACCCCCUUGUGUGCCAAAAUUUCGACUGGUGGGAGGAUGUGGAAAACGAAAUCGCUAUGCAGAUUAAAGCUGUUUCUCCCAGCCCCAGCACAGCCCCUAAACUAGAGAAUGAAUAUGCGUGUCUUCUUGUGCGCCAGCAGUUUGACUGGCGGGAGGACGUCGAGAACAACACUGUCAUGAAGACUAAAUUCAUCCCUUCAACCUCCUCAGUCCCUAUCACGACCCCCAAAAUGGACGAUAAAUACGCUCGCCUUCCUGCUCGUGAACACUUCAACUGGUGGGAGGAAGUCGAGAAUGGCAUUACCAAGAAUACGAAAGUACUCGCUGUCGACACUAACAUCCCCCUUACGGACACUGAGCACCUGGCUACAGCUUGCACUGGCCCUGCCUCUGCCAGCGCUUCCAGUAACCUGGAUGACAAGUAUGCCCAACCUUCUGUUCGCGAAUAUCGCGACCCGCUAGAUGAUAAUAAUAUCACCGUGGACACCGAAGACCUGGCAGUCAUUUCCACCAGACCUACCACCGCUGGCAACCUGAAUGACAACUCUGCCCAACUUCUAAGUGAACAUGACAACUGGCCGUAUGAUACCACAAACGACAUCGCCAUAGAUAACGAAGACCUGGCUGUCCAAAACGAGCUUCUCUCCACAAUGAACUCCCCUACUAGCGAACAUGAGAACUGGCCAGAGGAUACUGAGAGUGAUAUUUUCAUGGGUACCGAAGAUCUCGCUGCCAACAGCGAGCUUCAUGCUACAGCCAACGACCCUGUCACAGCCGUUGAAUUGGGAGAUACAUAUGCUCAAAUCUCACACCCGGAGACAUCCAAUUUGGCCCACGAUAUUGAGAUUACCCUCGCCAUAGACCAUCGCCUUGAGAUAAACACCGUUACCACGGUUUCCAAUGAGUUCAUCGACGAGUAUGAGUAUCGGGCCUUGAUUGGUAGGGGGGAUCCCGUCAUCCAUCAUUGGAACUGGUUUGGAUGGCCGGUAUAUGGACCAACCACAACCUCGCCGGUGGUUUCCUUGGCAUUUAUGCAGGCUGAGCCAAAGGUACCACAGGGAAGGGAUCGGCUCCGUGUGGUUUCCAUUAUGAACCGCGCUAUUCAUCAAAUUGAUCCUGUCAUUUUGAGAGUCAACAGGGGAAACGAAGCAGUUCUGCAAAUGCAUGGGUCUGCACUGAUUGAGGCGUGCAAUGACCAUACCUACAAUCACUAUUCCCUCCACGGGAACUGGAUGAAUGAUGAUUUCGCGAUGCGGCGAAUGAUCGUUCCAGAUGUUUCAGGGAAACCAUUACUACAUGCAAUCAGCGAUGGACAAUUUGCAAUUGGAAAUGGUAUUUUUGAAAAUGGACCCCUUCUUUCUCGAAAUGAGUGGAUGGAUUGGCAAGACCAACUGGUUGCUGCCACUAAGGAGCCCAGUCGAUCCCCUCGGAAAAUGACCUGGAAGCCAUUGCCUUCAAAUCUCAAGGUCAUGUCUAUGGCAUACGAGCAGCUUCCCCUGAUCCAGAUUCUCACUUACUCCUUUGUGCCACUUGAGAUCCUAAGCAACGUGAUCCAAAAGGCUGGGGUCGUCCCAAAGAAAAUGGUUCCCACAUCCAUUUCUUCCCCAAUUGGAAUUAUGGAAACCGUGACCAGGAAGGCUUGGUCUGGCCGCAAGAGUAUUCCUGAUACACACUUGGCUAUCCGACCUGGGAUCAUGGGCGAUCUCAUCAAGAAGGCUUGGGCUACUGCAUGUGAUUCCCUUCGCAAAUCCUUUGUUUUCCCCCUUGUAAUCAUCGGCGCAAUCUUGAAGAAGUCUUGGCCUAUGAUAAAAGCCGUUUUCAAUGCCCACAAGGUUUUAUUCGAGAUUCUUUCAAUGUUGUCAAACUAA